AUGGCCACCAAGGAGAACCAGGGUGGAAAAAAUGGCGCGAAGGUCCUCUUCUCGAAGGAAGACAUCAGGGAGCAAUACUGUAUCACGAGGAAGGAGCUGCAGACAUUCGAAGAUAAGAGAUCCAAGAAACUGUUUGGCUGUUUAGUGAAAGCUUCCUGCGCAGGAAGCAGUAAAGAUAGAAAAACAAAGCUGUCCUGCAUCCAGAAUGACGAACCCAGUGUGGCUUAUGGUGAAGACAACCGACAAUCAGGAACGAAAACGCAUGAAUCGCUCAGCAAAAAAGAGUCAUCCGAACAUGAAGACGCCGGGUUCCGCUAUCGACCGAAGCCGUUUUGUCUGCAGAAUCCGAACCGUUUCCAGUACAACCCCGAGGCGGCGUCGCAGGCCGAAACCUCAUCGAUACGGAUGCUUCCUUGUCGAUCGGCUUCGGCACGACCGCGCUUACAGAGCCAGCACAGCUCACAGGGCAGCAUCACCUCGUCUAGGACCUAUCUUCCCAAUAGAUCGUACGAAAUCUCGUACGUUCCGCAAACGCAACCCGACAAACAGGUGUCGGGCUGCCGAUCCGUGGACGCUCUCAACGACGUUGCUUGGAGAGGCAGCAGCUUCAACGAAGCACCCACUACUCCGCUGCCCGAAUAUUCGAUGACGUUAGACAGUCGACACCACCACCUCCACUACGCUAACCACCACAGCCAGAUUCACAACAACAUCAACAACAGCAGCGGUGGGGGAGCUGGGGGAACUACCAGUCACCACGGCGGUACUCCAAGACCGAAAUCCGUUGCCGCAGGACCGAUCAACCACCACCAGGAACCAAUCGACGGCAGUGCGAGUAUGGUUAGAUCCAAUACUGUCGGGGGAGGUUUAGAGGACGUAGAUGCCAUGUUAGUUGGACCCAUGGCCACUUCAACGCCAUUGAAUGUCAGCCGAAACAGGUGUAAUGUAUGCCAUUGCUCAUCCUUCUCGGUGGAUAAUCAGGAGAAUUUAGCAGACGUGACGCAGUAUUACUUGCCGCGCUCAUUCGAGGAGAGUCUGAGUCAGUCAGGUCGCAUGUCGGCCGCACGUCGGGCUCUACAACGGACCCAGGCGACGCAGACAGCUACGGCAACAGCCGACAACACGACAUGUACCUCAGUCACUCCGACCUCAUCGCGAACUCCAGAAGUUCCUCCGGAUUACCUGACUCUCUCACCGCGGACGGCAGCUGCUUCGGUAUCGUCCAGUAGGAAAUCCUCGAGAAGGCGAAAGGCGAGCCGAGACUCGAGCUCACGCAAGGCAUACACAUCUAUUGACUCUGACACCGAUGAAAGCAUCGACGACGAGAUAAUGGAAGUAGAUCUCCAAGGCGCUCAGCAUCGACUGCUGAAUACGGCCUCGGGGCGUCAGACCGUCCCGGGUUGCCCGCAGCAAAGUUCGCAAAACGCCACGGCCAUGGCUGCGACGACGACUCCGAGUCCAGAGCUCAAAUCGCAGACAAGCAGACAGAAAUCAUUGUCGAAAGCCUCCUCCUUCGACGCUUCUUCAACCACACUCACUACCGUCGACGCCCUCCUGAACACGACGUUCGAUGCACAAGACGAAACACCCGAAAAAUCGACGUCGGAAAAGUCACGCUCCCGUCGGAGUUCCGCGCCCCGUCGGGGAUCCCGCACGUCGGACUCUCUCAAACAAACAAUAUCCUACGCCCAGUAUUUGUUGCAGCCUGCGUGCGACUUUCAGGAUGAGAAUUCCGGGAGUUUUAGCGCCGAAGUUCUGAGCGCCACGGUCGCCGCUGAAAAUCUUAACUCUCCAGACAGCGAAUCUUCGAGCAGUCGAUUCACCGAACGAGAGUCAUCGUGCAAAAGUUCAACGUCGAGCUCGGCAGGAGCUCAAAAAGCGGCGGGUCGGGAAGAUGUCCGGAUGGCUUCGCUCCGACCACCUCUCGAGGAAGUCAAAAGCGACAGCACCUCAGCCGAAUAUAUUACUGCAACCGACGGCAAAAAUUCGAAAACGAUUACAAAGGGACUUUCGUCCCACGAGGGUAGCACCUCGUUCGAAAGUGCCUGCGAGCCCAGUUCUGCCCGGGCGUCUGACUGUCAGUCGGAUCCAGGCCAGAGAAUGGAACAACAGAGAUCCGGGAGUUUGGACCGAAGUAGUUUGCCGUCGCCUCCCGCUGAAAUGCGCUUGGCGGAGCACGCGGAGAUCCCUUGUUCCAGCGAGGAGGACUCGACGAAGAAAGAGGAAGAGCCAGCAGACGAGGAUCCCGUUGAGGAUGACCAGAGUUCAGAAGGGGAAUACUCCCUUGGCACCGCCGAGGGCAUCGAAGGCGAGACCGAUAAGUCUGACGAUGACGCCGAGGCAGAAGAUCCGCUCGGACCAGUUGACGACGACGAACCGAUGGAGGUCACAGCUCUGCCCUCACCCAUCGAAACUUCUUCUCCGAAAAUGAGCCACAAGAGAUUCCCUCCGUUGGACCAGCAGCCGCCCACGCAUAUCUGCGAGGUGUUCGAGGACGAGAUGCACGGGAAAGCUCUCAUACUUCCCUUGAUGACGUUCCGUGAUGUUCAGAACGCUUUGGGGCGAGCCGAUUUGCGGCAAUACGACGAAUUGUCGACAGUUUCUGAAGUCUCUGAGGAGAAUUCAACAUCUGAGCAUCAGAACACGGAACGCUAUACUCCGACCAGCUCUUGUGGCUCAACGGGAACCAUCAAAAGGAUUUAUCACCGACCCGAAUCACCUCAAAGGAGAUAUUUCCAAGAUGCACAUAAUGAAGCUAGCGUUCUCGACCAGGAUUCCACCGAACUCAGAGAUACGUCCGCGGAACUGAACGCAUCGAACGAGAGUGGUGGAACUUGCAUCGAGGUUACGCCAAACGACAGUGCCGAUUCACUUUCGAUGACCUUCAAGCCAGAGGAGCUGCGUGCCAUCAUGUUCGGAAGCCGUCUGCAGGGCCAAUCUGAACAGCCAUCGCUAGAGGAAGAGGAAACACCAGCAGCCGCCGCCAACACCGACAUCUGCGAGGCACCGACCACGUCAACGACCCACGAAGUGGAGUCCGGAGCAUCGGAGCUUCUAGACCUAGAACCUCAACCAAUGGGUCCUCCGGUUCCCAUAGCUCCACCACGAACCACCACCGUUCUGGCGGAAAUUCACCAACGGGAGAGCAAGGACAAGGUCAUCCGGAAAAACGUUCUACGGGACUCGACCAAAGAAGGCAGCAGCACCGAGCCCGGGACGCCUUCCUCAACACCGACAAGCAACAGUAGCAGCAGCGGUCGGAAGGAUCGUGUCUUGACUGAAACCGCGGCCAAGCGUGGCAGAUCUCUGUCGCGCGGACCGUGCGAAUUGACGACGACUUGCAGCAUUAUCACGACGCAGCUGCGCGAAGACUCCGAGGACUUUGGAAUGCACGCAGAUUCAUUUCUCUCGAGCCGAUGGAUUUACAUAACGAGCGAAGACGAAGUAAUGACGUGGAGGUCGAACAACGGGGGCGUCAAGAAGAACGCUCCUAAAGAAGACCGAUCCCAGCUGAUCAUUAAGCAGAAUCUGAUACGAUGUGAUUCCACGGAUUCGGAGCGCGCCUUUCAAAAACACUACACAACCAUCACGCACCGCAUGAUUCAUAGAAAGGCUAGCUUAGAGAUGUACAAGCGAGUUAUGCAACGAUCCUUAGAGCCGACAAAGACUGUAAGGAUCGAGCGACAGAAUGGAGAGUUCGGCUUCCGUAUCCACGGGUCGCGGCCGGUUGUUGUCUCCCUGAUAGAAAAGGGAACUCCAGCAGAGAGCUGCGGUCUCGAAGUGGGCGAUAUCAUUGUAUCAAUCAAUGGUGUAAGCGUCAUGGACGCGUCACAUACCGAGGUGGUCCGCGUUGCCCACGCCGGAGCUGAAACGCUCAAAUUAGAGCUAGCGCGCACGUGUCAUAUCCUUGCACCUAAAGUCGACGUACCUGAACCAGAGAUGCAGGGCUAUCUGCAACGACUGUUCUCUUCGAGCUCAAGUCGUCGAUGGUGCCGGCGUUAUUUCGUUCUGAAGAAAAGCGGCAGACUCAGCUGGUUUAUGGCCAAAGGCGAGACAGAUCCUCUAGGCGCCCUCAUGGUCGAAAACCUCAAGGUGGAACGCGUCGUGGAGCCUGGAGCUGAGCACGCCUUCAAGUUGACGUUUGAAGGUGGCUCUGCAAACAAGAACAACACAUCCGGAAGUGGAACCUACUUUGCAGCGGAUGACGAGGACAGCGCCACGAAGUGGAUUGAGGCUUUCAAAAAAAUGGCCAGCACCUCCCUGACGCACCAGGAACGUUUCAUGAAAGAAGUUGAAGAAAACCUUGCUCGUCCUGUCGACUCCAUCUCGCAGCCCGAUUGUCAAGGAUUUCUAUGCAAGUUCAACGAUAAGUGCACCAGCUGGAAGAAUUGUUACUUGGUGCUCAAAGAUGCAUCGCUAUACGUUUAUGAGGACAGGAACGACCAGAGGGCCUUAGGAGUGUACUUGCUUCACGGCUACCGAGUCCAAAGCUCGUCGACAAUGGGCAAGAAGAACAUUUUCGAAGCCAUUGCCCCGAGACCUUUCACGAACAACCUCUUGUUCCUCGCUGAGAGCGAGCAAGAGAAGAAAAGAUGGCUUGCUUCCUUAGAAUAUUCAAUUGAUCGCUGGCUCAAAGUCUGACUAUCCCCAAUGACCGCGCGACCCUUCCCCGACAAGCAUGGCUGAUUCCGUGAUGCAGCAACCACCGCAGUCGCCCACCACCGGUGAAAAAUCGGCGAAUGCUCUCCUACGGAUGUUUGACCUUAGCUCAAACUUUUGGUUGAAUUCUGAUACGAUUCACCUCGUAGACUGGAAAAAUUGGAGCGAAGGAGAAAAUCGCUCUGCGAUCAAUGACGGUACCAUUGAUCGCGUGCGAAGAGAACAGAGGCGUCGCGUCGUCCC